UCUGGGAUGGGCGGGCGUGCACGACUUCUUGGACCUAGUUGAAGAAAGAUCUGAGACGAGGCGCAAGGUGUAAGAAGAGAGGAACACCUACUUCACUAACAGUCAGCCAUACUGAUUUCCGAGCACCAACGUUUCUACUGGGGUUGUUGUUCCCCCUUUCUUGACGGGGAAGAAACGACAAAAUGACGGCGUCUCUGGUGUUGGCGUUCGCCCUGGCGAUUGUGUCUGGCCAGUCAUAUGCACAGGAAAUGUGCGCCGUUAAUCAGUGUUCAAAUGGUGAAAAUUGUUACAACCGACCGGGUAGCGCUGAGGGCUUCGUUUGCGAGUGCAACUUGCCGUUCCGUGACAACUACAAUUGUGCCAUUGGACCUGAUAACCAGGAGAUCUAUACCUGCUACGGUAGUACCUGUACCAGUGGAACCUUCGUCAGUAAGGACUACCCAAACAACUACCCGAACCGUUACCGAGCCCUCUACCUCCUGUAUAUCCCAGGAGCUUCUGGCAUCACAUUCACAUUUAACUCUCCAUUCGGUAUUGAGGCUGACAAGGACGAGUUGUACAUCGGCAAGGGACUCUCAGUUGACUUCAAUCUACUCCAGGGGACUUCGACAGUUGGACCAGAUGUGCGAUUCUUUGAAGGGAUCAUACUUCCAUCUGAUUUCACUAUCGACAACACAGACGUCGCCUGGCUGUACUUUAUUACUGAUAAGAACAUCCAGUUUAGUGGUUUCUCUGUGCAGUACAGAAUGGUUGAUCAGUCCCCACCAGUCAUAAGCAAUUGUCCAACUGGUGUCACUCUGACAAGUGCAACAGCACAGGCCCAACAGGCCUUUUGGGUUGCUCCAACAGCGACUGAUGCUGAGACAUUCACCACAGUGUCCUCCCACGUUCCUGGUCAGACCUUCUCUAUUGGGACAACCCCUGUGACGUACACCUUCACUGAUCUGCAGGGAAAUCAGGCCAUGUGCACAUUCAAUGUGAACGUCAUCCAAAUUGAUAAUCAACCACCAACAAUAACAGUGCCUGCUGAGGAUGUCACAAUUACUGUGCCCUUUGGUACCCCCGGCACCAACGUCAACUGGGUUGAACCACAGGCUACAGAUAACUCUGGUUCAGUGUUUACUAGCCGGACUCAUGUACCAGGGUCUUUCUUCAAUGUGGGAGAUACUGUUGUCACCUAUACCUUUGUUGAUCCUUUGGGAAACGCGGUUACGGCCCCAUUCACCGUAAGGGUUGUAGAACUAGCCGACACUAUCGACCCAGUUAUCUUCAACUUCCCUGAAGACGUCACCGUUACCGUGCCAUUCGGAACAACUAGUGCAAAUGUACCCUGGGAUACCCCAGUAGUGACAGACAACUCUGGGACGGUCUUCCCAACCACCAACAGGCAGCCAGGAAGUUCCUUCCCUCCAGGCACCACCCCAGUGACGUACACCUUCACUGAUCCUGCUGGAAACUCUGUGACAAGAACAUUCAAUGUUAAUGUGAUUGUGCUGCCCGAUUCAACUGAUCCCUUCAUCAGCAGCUUCCCAGAUGACAUAACCGUCUCUGUGCCUUUUGGAACUCCAAGCACACCAGUGAACUGGGAGGAGCCAACUGCUUUUGACAACUCUGGAACAGUUUUCCCAACAAAGUCUGCUGAACCUGGAAGCUCCUUCCCUACUGGACAGACGACACCUGUUACAUACACAUUCACUGAUCCAACUGGAAACUCUGUAACAAGACAAUUCACUGUGACAGUUGUUGAAUUGCCUGAUGGAAUCGAUCCCUUCAUCGUCAGCUUCCCAGAUGACAUAACCGUCUCUGUGCCUUUUGGAACUCAAAGCACACCAGUGAACUGGGAUGAGCCAACUGCUUUUGACAACUCUGGAACAGUUUUCCCAUCAAAGUCUGCUGAACCUGGAAGCUCCUUCCCUACUGGGCAGACGACACCUGUUACAUACACAUUCACUGAUCCAACUGGAAACUCUGUAACAAGACAAUUCACUGUGACAGUUGUUGAACUGCCUGAUGGCAUUCCACCACUAGUGUCAGUCUUUCCAGAAGACAUUACCAGGACUGUACCAUUUGGAACCACAAGUGUACCAGUAACUUGGGACGAGCCAACAGUGACUGACAACUCUGGUACAGUCACCCCAUCCUCUGAUAGGCCAUCUGGAAGUUCAUUCUUACCAGGCACCACCUCAGUGACAUACAACUUCGUCGACCCCACUGGAAACUCUGUCACCCGAUCCUUCAAUGUGAACGUGAUUGUUCUACCCGAUUCAACUGAUCCCUUCAUCAGCAGCUUCCCAGAUGACAUAACCGUCUCUGUGCCUUUUGGAACUCCAAGCACACCAGUGAACUGGGAGGAGCCAACUGCUUUUGACAACUCUGGAACAGUUUUCCCAACAAAGUCUGCUGAACCUGGAAGCUCCUUCCCUACUGGACAGACGACUCCUGUUACAUACACAUUCACUGAUCCAACUGGAAACUCUGUAACAAGACAAUUCACUGUGACAGUUGUUGAAUUGCCUGAUGGAAUCGAUCCCUUCAUCGUCAGCUUCCCAGAUGACAUAACCGUCUCUGUGCCUUUUGGAACUCAAAGCACACCAGUGAACUGGGAUGAGCCAACUGCUUUUGACAACUCUGGAACAGUUUUCCCAUCAAAGUCUGCUGAACCUGGAAGCUCCUUCCCUACUGGGCAGACGACACCUGUUGCUUACACAUUCACUGAUCCAACUGGAAACUCUGUAACAAGACAAUUCACUGUGACAGUUGUUGAACUGCCUGAUGGCAUUCCACCAGUAGUGUCAGUCUUUCCAGAAGACAUUACCAGGACUGUACCAUUUGGAACCACAAGUGUACCAGUAACUUGGGACGAGCCAACAGUGACUGACAACUCUGGUACAGUCACCCCAUCCUCUGAUAGGCCAUCUGGAAGUUCAUUCUUACCAGGCACCACCUCAGUGACAUACAACUUCGUCGACCCCACUGGAAACUCUGUCACCCGAUCCUUCAAUGUGAACGUGAUUGUUCUACCCGAUUCAAUCGAUCCCUUCAUCGUCAGCUUCCCAGAUGACAUAACCGUCUCUGUGCCUUUUGGAACUCAAAGCACACCAGUGAACUGGGAGGAGCCAACUGCUUUUGACAACUCUGGAACAGUUUUCCCAACAAAGUCUGCUGAACCUGGAAGCUCCUUCCCUACUGGGCAGACGACACCUGUUACAUACACAUUCACUGAUCCAACUGGAAACUCUGUAACAAGACAAUUCACUGUGACAGUCGUUGAACUGCCUGAUGGCAUUCCACCAGUAGUGUCAGUCUUUCCAGAAGACAUUACCAGGACUGUACCAUUUGGAACCACAAGUGUACCAGUAACUUGGGACGAGCCAACAGUGACUGACAACUCUGGUACAGUCACCCCAUCCUCUGAUAGGCCAUCUGGAAGUUCAUUCUUACCAGGCACCACCCCAGUGACAUACAACUUCGUCGACCCCACUGGAAACUCUGUCACCCGAUCCUUCAAUGUGAACGUGAUUGUUCUACCCGAUUCAACUGAUCCCUUCAUCAGCAGCUUCCCAGAUGACAUAACCGUCUCUGUGCCUUUUGGAACUCCAAGCACACCAGUGAACUGGGAGGAGCCAACUGCUUUUGACAACUCUGGAACAGUUUUCCCAACAAAGUCUGCUGAACCUGGAAGCUCCUUCCCUACUGGACAGACGACUCCUGUUACAUACACAUUCACUGAUCCAACUGGAAACUCUGUAACAAGACAAUUCACUGUGACAGUUGUUGAAUUGCCUGAUGGAAUCGAUCCCAUCAUCGUCAGCUUCCCAGAUGACAUAACCGUCUCUGUGCCUUUUGGAACUCAAAGCACACCAGUGAACUGGGAGGAGCCAACUGCUUUUGACAACUCUGGAACAGUUUUCCCAUCAAAGUCUGCUGAACCUGGAAGCUCCUUCCCUACUGGGCAGACGACACCUGUUACAUACACAUUUACUGAUCCAACUGGAAACUCUGUAACAAGACAAUUCACUGUGACAGUUGUUGAACUGCCUGAUGGCAUUCCACCAGUAGUGUCAGUCUUUCCAGAAGACAUUACCAGGACUGUACCAUUUGGAACCACAAGUGUACCAGUAACUUGGGACGAGCCAACAGUGACUGACAACUCUGGUACAGUCACCCCAUCCUCUGAUAGGCCAUCUGGAAGUUCAUUCUUACCAGGCACCACCCCAGUGACAUACAACUUCGUCGACCCCACUGGAAAUUCUGUCACCCGAUCCUUCAAUGUGAACGUGAUUGUUCUACCCGAUUCAACUGAUCCCUUCAUCGUCAGCUUCCCAGAUGACAUAACCGUCUCUGUGCCUUUUGGAACUCCAAGCACACCAGUGAACUGGGAGGAGCCAACUGCUUUUGACAACUCUGGAACAGUUUUCCCAUCAAAGUCUGCUGAACCUGGAAGCUCCUUCCCUACUGGACAGACGACACCUGUUACAUACACAUUCACUGAUCCAACUGGAAACUCUGUUACAAGACAAUUCACUGUGACAGUUGUUGAAUUGCCUGAUGGCAUUCCACCAGUAGUGUCAGUCUUUCCAGAAGACAUUACCAGGACUGUACCAUUUGGAACCACAAGUGUACCAGUAACUUGGGACGAGCCAACAGUGACUGACAACUCUGGUACAGUCACCCCAUCCUCUGAUAGGCCAUCUGGAAGUUCAUUCUUACCAGGCACCACCCCAGUGACAUACAACUUCGUCGACCCCACUGGAAACUCUGUCACCCGAUCCUUCAAUGUGAACGUGAUUGUUCUACCCGAUGCCAUCAGACCUGUCAUCACUGCAACCAGCGAUGACGUUACAGUGACAGUGCCCUUCCAGUCUCCAGGGACAACUGUCGAUUGGACCGAGCCCACGGCCACUGACAAUUCUGGAUCCUUCUCUACAACCAAGACCAAUGAGCCUGGAACCUUCUUCCCCACUGGGUCAUCAACCCUCGUCACAUACACUUUCACCGAUGCAGAAGGCAACUUUGCAUCAACCACAUUCACUGUACGAGUCAUUGAAGAAGCCGACAUGGUGUCUCCGAUGCUUCUCUUCUGCCAGAUGCCUAUUACAUACACCGUCGUGUCUGGUAUGGCCCCAGUCCCUGUCAGCUUCACAGCACCCAGCGCUGCCGACAACUCUGGAAAUGUCAACCUCCUCUUCAACACCAAGAGCCCUGGGGAUCUGUUUGCUGCCGGAGCCACCACUGUCGAGUAUCGCUUUGGGGAUCAAGCAGGAAACACGGCCUUGUGUACUUUUGUGGUUACUAUUGUUGAAGCCAACCCCUGUGGUGAACAGCCCUGUCUGAACGGAGCUGCCUGUGUCCCAGAGACUCUGACCACCUACCGCUGUAUCUGUCCAGAUUGCUACUCCGGAGAUAACUGUGAAAUUGCGAGGGACGCUUGUCAAGGCAACACUUGCCAGAAUGGAGCAGUGUGCGCUGCCCAGCCUGGUUCCUGUACACAGUACGAAUGCCAGUGCCCAGCCUGUUACACUGGCCAGUCUUGCCAGACCUUGGUGAAUAGUUGUGAUAACAACCAGUGUGCUAACGGCGCUGCCUGUGCCCCCGCUGCUGACGGCUGUGUUGAGUACACCUGCCAGUGCCCACCAUGUUUCACUGGACGCUACUGUACUAUCCCCAUCUCUGCCUGUGACAGCAGCAGUUGCCAGAAUGGAGCCGUCUGCAUGCCCUCAACACAAAACCCCAACACUGCCUAUGCCUGCUCUGAGUACAAGUGUUCCUGCACAAACUGCUUCACCGGUGUUUUCUGCGAGAGUCAGCGUGAUGCCUGCAACCCCAAUCCAUGCGUAAACGGCGGUGUCUGCUCAGCCACAUCAGGCUCCUGCACCUCUUACUCCUGCGAGUGUCCACCAUGCUUCUCGGGCUUCAACUGCGAAAUCUCUGUACCAAACCCUUGUGACAACAACCCUUGCUUGAAUAAUGGCGUCUGCAGUACAGUCCAAGGAUCCUGUGGGGCACACACAUGUGCCUGUCCCGACACGCACAUCGGCUUGAACUGUGAAUCACCGGUUGUUGCAAACCCCAACCCCUGCAACAGCUUCCCCUGUAAGAAUGGAGCUACUUGUCUGACAGUUGAUUCGAGCAACUACAUCUGCAUGUGUGCACCUAAUUAUGUUGGACCUAACUGUCUCACACCAAAAGCCCAACAGCCCCAGAUGGAUCUGUGCCAGAACACCCCGUGCAACAACGGAGCCAACUGCUACAACAGUUACAACAGCAACACAGGGACUAACAGCAUUCCCCAGUACUCGUGCGUCUGUGCCUCUGGAUUCACUGGAUCCAACUGCAACAUCCAAACCGGAGAUUCUCCAGCGUUGGACAUCUGCAACAAGGCUGAGAGACCUCCCUGCAGACAGGGGGCUGUUUGCUCCAACACCUUCCACAGCAUUGACCAAGACGUCGACUACUUCUGUGCUUGUCCAGUUGGCUACAGCGGACACAACUGCCAGACCGAAAGUGUUGACCCUUGUGCCAGCAACCCUUGCCGCAACGGAGCUAACUGUGCGUCCUUCAACACCUAUUUCAUGUGUGAAUGUCUAACUGGAUUUGGAGGAACAACCUGUGACAGCCGUAUCGGCGACACAACUGCACCAGUCAUUUCCGGUUGCCCCGCGUCUAUCUUCACCAAUGCCGGAACCCAGUCAUUCUCCACUGUGACCUGGACUGCACCUACAGCUACUGACGAGUCAGGAGUGGUCUUCCAGACCUUUGCUUCCCAUCAGCCUGGCCAGCAGUUCCCUGUGGGCGCCACUCCCGUGACUUACGUCUUCUCAGAUCUGAGUCAGAACUACGCCCGCUGUGUCUUCUUCGUCACUGUCUCCAAUAAUGUACCAGUCACCCCAGGUCCAUCAGACAACACUCCACCGGUCAUUUCCAACUGCCCCAUGGGUGCAUCGGCGACCGCACCCAGCGGUAGCAGCGGCACCGAAGCCAUAUGGGUAGAGCCAACUGCCACAGAUGAUAGCCUCCCAUUGACCGUUGUUCGCAGCCACACUCCAGGAGCCUUUUUCCCCCUUGGCGUAACUGACGUCACAUACACCAUCAGUGAUGCCGCUGGCAACUCUGCAGAGUGCAAAUUCGUCGUCAUGAUCAACAGCCCAAAUAUGCCAGACAGGACAGCACCAGUCAUCUCUAACUGCCCUGAAAAUCAAGUCGUUAACACUAACACUGGAUCUGCCUCUGUGUCCUGGGCUGAGCCAACCGCUGUGGACGACAGCGGGCAAACACCCGGGUUGGCUCAGUCCCAUGUGCCUCCAGCUUCGUUUCCCGUCAACUCUGUCACCAGGGUCACCUAUAUUUUCUAUGACAACACUGGCAACUUUGACUCAUGUACAUUCACUGUUGCAGUCCAACCUGGAACAACCCCAACUGAUAUGACCCCACCAGUCAUCAGCAACUGUCCAUCAGACACUAUCAUCCCUGUAGCUUCCGGCACAACAUCUGCCACCGUCAACUGGGUUGAGCCAACGGCCACCGAUGGCGACGGUUUGACACCAACAGUUGCCAGGUCCCAUGCCCCCAACACAGCCUUCCCACUUGGCCCCACCGUAGUCAACUACAUCUUCAGGGAUUCAACUGGAAAUGAAGCCAACUGCAACUUUAUCGUGACCGUUGCUGAGGCCGGUGAUACUACUGAUCCAGUCUUCACCAAUUGCCCUAACAACAUCGUCUCCUACGUCAACGGUCCAUCUGCUACUGCCAGCAUUGACUUCCCAACGCCCACAGCAGUGGACAACUCUGGCGUACCACCCGUGGUGUCCGGUAGCGUUGGCUCUCCACAUACUAUGGGUGUUGGCUCUGUGACAGCUUCCUAUGUGGCUCGAGAUGGAUCUGGAAACGAGGCUACAUGCACUUUUUCAAUAAGCGUAGUUGUGGACAAUCAAGCACCAGUCAUCAGUGGUUGCCCAGCUAAUCAGGUUGGAACUCUUGCCUCGGGCAGCACCUCAGUGGCCUUGUCCUGGGUCGAGCCAACUGCAACCGACAACAGUGGAGCCGUUUCCACCUCCAGGACCCACCAGCCUGGACAAUCGUUUUCCGAGGGAGAAACAACAGUCACGUACACCUUCUCCGACUCUGCCGGCAACCAGGACACUUGCUCCUUUUUGAUCACUGUCAACGCUGCAUCCACAGUCAAUCCCUGCUCCAGCUCUCCUUGCCCUGUCAGCCAGGAUUGCUAUUACCGCAGUGAUCCCGUCGAGUACCUUUGUCUUCCGACCCUAAGGAGAAGAAGAGAUGCAAAUCAAGAGGAAUGUCUUUGCAAGAACGGAGGUGUCUGCGCUGACAACGACGAGGGAUUCUCAUGUGCCUGCCCAAGCAACUUCACUGGUAUCAUCUGUGAAGAAGAAGUGAAGAUCACCAAGCAGCACACCAGCGACCUCAAUACCCUGGAGGUGUUCCACUCGACCAGCUCUUACUUUGAGUGGAUGAUGGGUUCGGUCAUGGCCAUCCUGGGAGUCAUCAUCAUCAUCUUGGCCUUAACAAUCUGCCGUAUGGCCCCACGAACCUCCUCCAAGUUGGACAGCGUCGACAAGGCCUCCCUCGUGUACUAAGAUUACAAAAAAUGAAAAAGUGAAUACAGUAAAAACCUCUAACAGUGUAGUUUCCUUUUAGAUGAACAAAUGUAUGCUCAUUUUUAACAGUUUUUUUAUUUAACAAAUUCUUAUUUUUAUGUCUAUGUAAUGGAUUAUUCUAACCUAUUUGUAUACCGUUUUGUAAACUGAAUUCUUAUUUUGUAUAUUUUGCAGGUGUAAAAAAAAAUGUUUGUAUAGAAGUGACCCUGACAUUUUGUUGGUAAUAGUGUUGCAACAAAUAUAAACACCCACUGCACUUUUUUUUUAUUGAGGUAAAACAAAUCACAUCUUCCUUUUCGAUUUACUUCAAUUGGCUGUUUUAACAUAUACAUGUAUAGUGGAUUAUGCUGUUGAUAGAUUUUUAAUAUUUUUAACAAGUAUUUUCAAUAAUUCUGUAAGCUUUAACAGAGAUUGUCAUGCCUGCUGUAUCAUCAGUUUCAUGGGCCUCUUCCAAUAAUUAUGAAUUGACAAUUAAUAUAUAGUCCCUUUAGUUGCAGGGUUAGUCUUCAGUAUUUGAGACUCAAAAGAAGUUUCUAAAGUUCUGUUCAUAUAAAGGCAUAUUGAAAACCAAUCGUCUUUUCAAAGAAAAUUGAGUUUUACUCCAUUUGUCAGGUUCUUAAGAAAAAUGUCUUUUUUGAAAUGUCUCUGAAAAUAGAAAACCAAUCUAAAACUAUUGAGACGAAUUACAAUACAGAUUGUUGAAUUGGAAGCCUAAUUCCUACUUUUUGAUGUUCAAAGUAAAUUCAGUUUUACUCCAUUUGCCAGGUUCUAAGAAAAAGUCCUUUUUGAAAUGUCUGUGAAAGUAGAAAACCAGAUCCGAAACGACUGAGACGAAUUACAAUACAGAUUGUUGAAUUGGAAGCUUAAUUCAUACUGAUCCAUGUAGGGCCUACAACUAGUUACUAUAGAUAGCUACUAUCUGAUUGUUGUUGACAUGCAGACAAGUGUGACUCAAUGACUUAUUUCCUACAAAUCUUGGCACCAAAAGUAUGAUAUUAUAUUUUUUUUAUGCAGGAGGUCCCAUAUUAAUUUUUGCUGGACAAAACAAGUAUUUUUUUCCUGUCUGAAUUUUUAAGUAUCUUGUGGCAUAAUUACUGUGCCCGUGAAAUGAUCUAAUGUAUUUUCGGCACAUAACUGUGCUGCUAUGUAGCUUGAAGUAAUAAAUAGUCACUUUUCUAAGAAAAAACAAA